GGAACCGGGCUAAGCCUGAGCGGCCUGGAUGAGAGCGAGGUGAACAAACUGUUACCUUAUGAAGCCUUAGAAAAUACAGAUGUCCGUGAACGGCAGCUCGGGCCAAACGCAGUCAUGAACACUUAUUACACACAAAGAAACAAAACUCGUCGUAAAAACAGGUUUUCACUUCUUGACAGAUAUACAAGAAUGCCUGCCCGUCGCAAACGGCACAGUGAUCAAGAUUUAAGACAUAUAAAUAAGUCGAAUGGUGACCAACGAGUUCCCAAAAUGUUGCUCUUUUACAAGGAAGUCAAAACAAACUUAACGAAGGAUAUGAAGCAGCUCUCCAAACAGUUUCGUGUUGGCGUGGACAUAUUUCCUUCGCAAGAGAAGUCACCGGGAGACCAAUUCUGGGCUGCCAAGUUUUCAGAGCUUAGGAGCAAUUCUUAUAUGGUCGACGAGUUUCCAUUCCACAAAGCGGCUCCACCAUCGAGAGGAUACCCUUGGCCUUUACCCCAGAAAAUGUCAACCAACCCGGGUCACAUUAUCACGAUCAACCCUGAAAACUUCAGAUUUACUUUGAGUAAAAAAUCCCAUAGCUGUGAUAUCAUAAAAGCAGCCUUUGAAAGAUACGGCCGUUAUAUUACGAGACAAAGUGAAGAUAACCCCAAAAACACUUCUGCAAAGUCAGUUGUGUCACACCCCAGAGAACAACGGAGAGGUGUUGAGAUGUUGGAGGUUACUAUCGACGCCCCGUGUGACCAUUACCCAUCUUUGGAGUCGGAUGAAUCGUAUCAGUUAGACGUUGCCGCCAGCAGAGCUGUCCUUAAGGCUGCACAAGUGUGGGGAGCUCUACGUGGACUCCAGACCUUCUCCCAAAUGCUUUAUACCUGUGAUCAUACAAAGAUGUGCAUCAACAAGACAUCUAUAGAAGAUUUCCCGCGUUUCAAACAUCGUGGGAUCAUGCUGGACACCUCGAGGCACUAUGUCAAUCCCGGAACCAUAAAAAAAAAUAUGGACGCCAUGGAGAUGAACAAGCUAAACGUAUUUCACUGGCACGUCGUCGAUGAUCAAUCUUUUCCUUACGUGAGUCGUCAGUUCCCAGACUUAAGCGCCAAGGGAGCUUACAGCGCCAAAGAAACAUACGACCAUAUAGUCAUAAGUGAGAUUAUAGAAUAUGGCCGCCUUCGGGGAAUACGGGUCUUGCCGGAGUUCGACACGCCUGGUCACGUGCGGUCUUGGGGUGCCGGUCACCCAGAAGUUCUAACGGAAUGUGGAGGCGGAGGAGGCGGGCCAAUGGACCCUUCCAAGAACGGCACAUUCCAUUUCCUCAGCCAAUUAUUCUCUGAAGUCAUGGACUUGUUUCCGGACAAAACCAUCCACUUGGGGGGUGACGAGUGCUCGUUCCGCUGCUGGGAGGGAAAUUUAAAGAUUCGAGAGUUCAUGAAAGAAAUGGGCUUUGGCACGAAUUUCAAUCAACUGGAGGAAUAUUACGUAAACAGAUUAUUACUAAAUCUUAAUCAGCUGAAGAAGAACAAAGAGUACAUGUUUUGGCAGGAUAUUUUGGACAACGGCAUUACGGUACCCCGUGAAAGUAUCAUCCAAAUAUGGAAGAACUGGGGAGCCUUAGAUGUAACCAUUCUUCAGAAAGCCACAGAGAUGGGAUUGAGGACGGUCUACUCCACCGCCUGGUACCUCAAUUACGUCAACUACGGCAAAGACUGGGACAAGUACUACAACGUCGACCCGACAGAGUUUGUAUGGACACCAGAGGCGAAACGUUUAGUUAUUGGCGGCGAAGCGUGUCUGUGGGGCGAAUACAUUGACGAUACCAACCUCCUGCAAACAUUAUGGCCUCGGGCGUCUGCGAUGGCGGAACGGCUGUGGAGUGCCUCACACGUGACCAACGUGACGCAAGCGGAGCCUCGUUUUGAAGAACACCGAUGCCGUAUGUUACUGGCGGAUAUACCAGCCAGUCCAAACAGCGGGCCCGGUUCCUGUCAUGUUAUAGUGAACCCGUAGCCUAGUGUAUUGAAGAAAAGCCGCUGGAGCACCGGAAUAUGUGUCAGGAUGAGUCACUUAAAAAUCAGGAGAUUGGCCUCUUUCUAGUUCACAGGCAAAUGCUUCUAACUUACAUAGCGUUGUAGACACACACACACACACACACAC